AUGUCCACGAUGUAUCCGCCAGUUGUCUCUCCUUUAAAUAAUCAGAAAAAUGCUCGAACGAAUCUAAAUCCAGAAGCAAUUCAAAAAUUGUUGGAAGAAAAUUCGCAAUUGAUAGCAGUGAUUACGGACUAUCAAAGUAAAGGUCGAACCAUGGAAUGUAUCGAUCAUCAACGAAUAUUGCAUCGAAAUUUAACUUAUUUAACACAAUUUGCUCCCGCGAAUGAACAAAUUCACCCAUCCUCGUUGCCGCCACCAGAAACGUUUAUGGCUACACCGUCGACGAAUGGGCCGAUGUCAAUGCAGGGUGCUCCUAGUGUCAUGAUGCAUCCAAAUCAGCAGCAACCAUCUCAAACGGCUAUUCCAGUAUCGACAAAUUCUGACCAAAUGUAUCGAACAGCUACAAACAGUCCCGGUUCCAAUAACCUUAUCACGAAUAGCAAAAGUCCACUUCCAUUACCUCCUAAUCUCUCUCAGUCUCAAAACUCAUCUCCUUCACAACAGCAACAACCGACACCAUAUCCUCAGUCAAUUAAUACUGUUCAACAAUCUCCUGCUCAAAACGGUCCAUCAUCGUCACCCAUAGCACCAAAUCAGCCACCAAUACCAGCUUCUCAUCAUCUAUCGGCAAUGCCUCAACAACAACAACAACAACAACAGCAGCAAGCAAAUGUAGCUUAUCCAAUGCGUCAACAAUAUCCUACACCCCAGCAACCAACGGUCAACACAACACCUCCGACAUCUCAGCAGCAAAUACAGCCUCCACGGCAGAAUUCGAUGAUAAAUGGGAACGAUCAUCAUAAUCUAAUUCAACAUCAGUCAAUGAGUCCAGCAGUACAACAAUUUAUUCCACCAAACUCGCCGUACGUUGCACAACAAACGCCGCAACAACAUUACGCGGGUGGAAAUCAACAAACAAAUAUGAUGAAUGGAAUGAAUUAUGGUCUUCCUCAAAAUGGAAUUCAAAUGCCUCAACAGCAGAAUUAUCCAAAUCAAGGAUUAUAUCAAAAUUCAUCAAUAAAUAACCUUACGAAACCAAAUUCUCCUUUGAAUACACAAAAUCAAAUGUUACAACAACAACCACAGCAAGUAUCUGGUUCACAACCUGCGUCACAAAGCCCAAGUCCAAAAAUUAAUAAUCAAAUGACAAAUUCUUCAUCAUUAAAUCAGAAUCAGCCUCUUUCAAAUACAACGACUCAGAAUAUUGUCGGCAAUCCAAUACCACCUGCUAGUCAUCAAAUGCAACAACAACAACAACAACAACAGCAGCAACAUUUAUCUCAAAUGGCUCAAAUGAAUUCAAUGUAUGGUGCCGUAGGACAUAAUCCUUACUCUCAACAACAUCCACAAAUGCAAGGUAGUGGACAAUAUAUGAAUCCAUCUUAUCAUCCAUAUGCUCAAGCGCAAAUGAAUCAGAUGAGUGGGGGAAAUCGAAUGAUGAUGCAUGCUCCAACUGGUUAUGGAUAUUCCAUGGCUCAACAAUCACAGCAACCACCCCCACAAGGCAUGAUGGGUGGUCACGGAAUGAAUCAUUAUGGAUCUUAUGGACAAUAA